AUGAGGCUCAUCUCCUGGAAUUGUCAAGGGUUGGGGAGCACCCUGACAAUCCAACAUCUGAAGCUCCUGUGCACAGCAAACUCUCCAGAAAUUCUGUUUCUCAUGGAAACAAAAAACAAGAACAAGACAGUACUGCAUAAGACGCAGAAAUUGGGCUUCCACAACCAGUUUCUGGUAGAACCAAGAGGGUCUGCAGGUGGUUUGGCUAUUUUGUGGACUGAGAAUUGUAGGAUUGCAGUCCAGUACCAUGGGGCCUAUUUUGUGAUCUGUGUUGUAACUACCCCCCAUGGUAUCUCUUUUGAUGCUUGUUUUUGUCAUUUUAGUUCAGUUUCAGCAAUUCGUAGGAAUCAAUUUAGAGAAUUGCUGCUGUUAAAACCUCUCCUUUCCAAGGAGUUUGUAUUUUGUGGGGAUUUUAAUGAUAUACUUUGCCCAUCUGAAAAAGAAGGGGGCCUUCCCUAUCUCCCUCUUCAUCACUCCAAUUUUCAUGACUUCAUCUUUGAGCUUCAAGGAAUUGACUUAAAAUUUGUAGGGUCCCCGUUUACUUGGUGUAACCGUAGAAACUUUCCAGACACAGUUAGAGAAAGGCUUGAUAGGGUCCUUGUUUCCUCUGAAUGGCUGAAUACGUUUCCUGCAGCCCUGGUGGAACACUUAGCUGAUGUGGGUUCUGAUCAUAAACCACUCCUGUUGCACUUGACCGUAGCUAAGGCCAAGCAUCAUAGAAGAUUUCACUUUGAUAAACGGUGGGCAGAAAAGAAUGAGAUUACGGAAAUCAUUUUACAUGCAUGGCAAAAGGAUGUAAGAGGGUCGAAGAUGUUCAGAAUCCACUGUAAACUGAAGGGGAUAAGACAAGCUAUCACUAGAUGGAGUAGAGGCACCACCACGAACUCCAAAGCUAAGAUCAAACAUAUUACUCAGAGAAUGAAUGCAGAGAAAACAAAGGUCAUGCCUCUAAUCAACUGGAAUUUGGUUAGAAGUCUGGAAAAAGACUUGGCUCGGGCAACGUUAGAAGAGGAAGUGUUCUGGGCCCAGAAAGCUAGACAAGACUGGCUUAGGAGUGGGGAUCAAAACACAAAGUUCUUCCAUGCGAAAACCAAGCAAAGGCAACGCAGGAAUGCAAUCACAGGGAUAUCAGAUUCCAGUGAUAGAUGGAGAACCACGCCAGGGGAAAUCUCCACCACUAUCUGUGCUUACUUUAAAGAGAUUUUCUCUAGUAGUAACCCGACUGGCAUAGACAGGGUCUUUGCAGACUUUCCCAAUAAAGUCACGACAGCAAUGAAUGAUCAACUCACUAGCCAGGUUACCGCACAGGAAGUGUGUGAGGCAGUUUACUCGAUUAAUCCGUCCAAAGCUCCAGGCAGUGAUGGAUUCACCGGUUUCUUUUUUCACCAUUACUGGAGGAUAAUAGGACCGGAUAUUUCUGAUUCGAUCAUCGAAUUCUUUAAUGGUGCCAGAAUGCUGCGAAGCCUCAACCACACCCUUAUAGCUCUAAUUCCUAAAGAUAAAGCUCCUAGGAAGGUAACCGACUAUAGACCCAUAAGUCUGUGCUCGGUUUACUAUAAAAUUAUAUCGAAAGUGAUAACAACAAGACUUCAGAAAAUCCUCCCCCAGCUCAUUGACAAGACUCAGAAUGGCUUUAUUCAGGGGCGGUCAAUCUCUGAUAACAUUCUUAUCGCCCAUGAAAUGAUGCACUUCCUCAAGACAAAAAAGAGUGGUAAAUCAAAAUAUUUAGCUAUGAAACUGGACAUUAGCAAAGCAUAUGAUAGAGUAGAAUGGGCAUAUGUGUUGGGUUGUCUCCGGGCUUGGGGGUUUUCAGCAACAUUUAUUAAUUGGAUUCAUCAGUGUAUCUCUACAACAUCUUUUUCAGUACUCCUUAAUGGAGCAGCUCAGAAUUACUUCUGCCCAACUAGAGGUCUCAGGCAAGGGGACCCUCUAUCUCCUUUGUUAUUUGUGCUAUGUGCAGAAGGACUUUCUCAUCUGAUCCAAAGGGCGAUUGCUAGUAACGCUUUACGGGGAAUUCAAUUGACUCGACACUGCCCAAGCAUCUCACACCUCUUCUUCGCUGAUGAUUCGUUAAUUUUUGCCCAGAUAACACCGACAACAUCAUCAGUGGUUAAACACAUCAUUCAGAGUUAUGGCCAAGCUAGUGGACAGAUCAUUAAUCUGACCAAGUCUUCUGUCAGCUUCAGCAGGAACACACCAGAAUCGCUAGCCAACCAAAUUAUGCAGGAAUUAAAUCUUAGCUUAAUGCUCCCCUCAGAUAAAUACUUAGGUCUUCCGGUUCAAGUUCUUAGCUCCAAGAACGUGACCUUUGCAGGGCUUUUAUCUAUUCUUCAAAGCAAACUAAGUGGAUGGAAAGAGAAAUUUCUUUCUCAAGGGGGUAAGGAAGUUCUGAUCAAGGCUGUUCUUAUGGCUAUACCCGUGUAUGCCAUGAUGUGCUUUCUACUUCCUAAAUCUUUAAACAACAGAAUCAAUCGCUUAAUUUCCAAAUUUUGGUGGGGUGAGCACAAUGAAGACAGGAAAAUUGCUUGGGUUGCUUGGGCCAAGAUGUGUAGAAGCAAAUGGCAAGGGGGUCUGGGCAUUAGGGAUCUGGAUGCCUUCAAUAGAGCGCUUCUUGCAAAACAAUGUUGGAGAAUUAUGCAAAACCCAGAUAGUGUGUUGUUCCAGCUGUGGAAGGGCCGUUAUUUCCGAAACGGGAAUGUACUGGAUGCUACUCGCGGUUACAACCCCUCCUGGGGAUGGCAGAGCAUGCUGAAGGGCAGAGCCCUCCUCCAGAAAGGACUGCGUUGGCAGUGCAACAGUGGAACUAGAAUAAGGAUUCUUCAGGAUGCCUGGCUUCCAGGGAAAGGUAAUUAUCUUGUCCAGUUGAAAACUGCUAUUCUGCACAGUGAGGUGCCCAGCUUGGUUUGCGAUCUUAUGGACUCUUCGGGGAGCCAAUGGAAUAGAGAACUAGUAUCUCGCCUUUUCAUUGAGCAGGAUGCCCAGGACAUUUUAGCCAUCCCCAUCCCUUAUAGUCAUGUCGCAGAUAGAUUAGUAUGGGAUUUCACUAGGGACGGUUCGUACACGGUGAAAUCUGGGUAUUACCAAGAGUUGGGGCAGGAUGACAAUGGUGCUCAUUAUCCUGGGUCUGUUCCGGUGAUGAAGAAGAGUGAGUGGAAAAUCCUUUGGAAGAUCCAAAUCCCUAAUAAAAUCAGAAUCUUUCUUUGGAAGCUGUUUCAUAAAGGAAUCCCGGUAGCGGAGAACCUAAACUUUCGGGUAAAAACAACCCUUUUGUGUCCUCAUGGCCAAGAAAGGGAGACCAUCACCCACAUGCUCUUUCACUGUGAGUUCGCGCGCAGAGUUUGGUUUUUAUCAGACCUGCACAUCCAUUCGGAACAUAUCCAACAUCAUUUGUUCGAGGUAAUUUGGUCCAACUUUAUAGCCAGUUUACCAAGCCAUGAAGAUAGAGAGAGAUUCCUCGCUAUUUUUUCUUUCUAUGCCUGGUCCAUAUGGAAAGCAAGAAACUCUAAAAUCUUCAAGGAUAAUCCGUGGUCCAUAGAGGAAACAGUCUCCUUCGCGAGGCAGGCAAAACACGAGUUCGAUACUGCUAUCAAUGUUCAACCUCAUACAGGUCUGCCAAACGCAACCAGAAGUACCCGCUCAAGGGGUAGUCCAACUACGCGGAUUGGUUUAUCCAGAGAGACGAUUAUUAUUCAAUAUGAUGGGGGAAUCUGCAAGGAACUCAAAGCUGGGUCUGUAGCAGGGACAGCCUUUAGCGGGGAAGGGGCACAUUUAGGGUCUUUUGCCCGUAGCUUUAGGGGUAUAUGGGACCCAGGAAUUGUGGAAUUCCUGGCACUUCGAGAAGCAGUGUGCUGGGCAAAGAAUAACGGAUGGUCUAAUGUGAUUUUUGAAGGGGAUGCCAUUCAGGUCUCCAAAUCAAUUAACACCGGCUUAUGCCAGUUAAGUGAUGCUUGGGGACUCUGCCAGGAUAUAUGGCUACAGUCUAACUCCUUCGAUUACAAGGCCUUCAGGUGGAUUAAGAGAGGUGCCAAUAAGGAAGCUCACCGGUUAGUCCAGUUGGAAAAAGGGGAGCUGCGUCGCCUCACCCUUAUGAAUGUGAUAUCCUAA